AUGACAGCCCGGCAGCACGAAACAUUCAUCGGCCCCCGCCGACCAGAGGACCAGAACGAGCCGAUCUCGGCACAUAAUUUCAUCGGGCCGACCAACCGCCCACCUGACAACGCUCGGCACAAGAGCAUCCUAGUUCUUCUGAGCAAAAUCUGCCGAACGCAACGAGAUACCGAUCCACCAGAACCAACAAGCAACGCAACAGACGGAGGAAGCCGGCACCGCGCUACUCUUACGAACCUUGCUAUCACGGCUCGACAACUUCGCGCAAGGCACAGACAACCGUCUUAA